UAAAAGUCUGCCAUUUUCUUUCCAUUGUUCAUUCUUCUUCUUCUUCUUCUUCUCUUUCUCUCUCUGUUUCAGUCUGUUUCCUUUAUUCACGCCGCUUUCUCUCUCAAUUCUCAAUACACUUUCUUUUUCUUUCCCCUCCACUCCCAACAUCGCCAUUGUUAUAGAGCUUCAACAAAACUGAGAAAGAAAAGAAAAGAAAAAGAAGGACAUUUAACAAUGUCUGAAAUUUCCAUCUCCAAGAAAGGAUUUGGAUUGUCCUGUGUUUCUCAUUUGUUUCAUUUCUUCUUCUUUCUCCUCUCUCACCCUCUCUACUUCUCUUACUUCAUCUUCUUCUUCCCUUACUUUCUUAAACUUCUUUCCUUUCUUUCUCCUCUCUUCAUCACCACUUUCCUCCUCCUCUUUGCUUUCUUCUCUCUCUUUUUCCCUUCUGACCACCCCCACCACCAUCAUCUUCAUCAAUUUCCUGAUUUCUCCAAGAUGGGCUUUCUUUCUACUACUUACCAAAUUAUUUUUGACAGUUUGAGAACAAGAACACCAGAGGAAAUCCAUGGAUUCCCCCCCAUCGAAGAGCUUGAAGCUUAUAAAAUCGUCUUUGAAACCUACACUUUUGGUGGCUCUGAACAAAUCCCAUAUGGGGGGGAUGACAAUCCAGAACUUGAAGUAGAUUUUCAAGAAUCCAUGGAGAAUUUCCCUCAGGAAACCCAAAUUCUCCCGGAUGAAACUGAAGCAAAAACAGAGGAAUCAAAAGAAGCCCAAAUCGGAAACAGAGAGAAUGAGAUGAUGAAAGAUUUGAGGAAACUGACAGAAGAAUCAUCAAUAUCUUCAAGAACAGAAUCGAGUCCAUGGAGUUCACCAGGGAGUUUCAGUAGUAGAGAGUAUAAUAAUAAUUAUACAUUAGGAAGUUAUGGAUCGAUGAGGAAAGAGAAAGAAUGGAGAAGAACACUUGCUUGUAAGCUGUUUGAAGAGCGGCAUAAUUCAGAAGGAACAGAAGGAAUGGAUUCAUUAUGGGAAACAUAUGAGAACAGUGAAUCAAAGAACUUACAGAAGAAAGAGAAAAUGAAUGGGAAAUCGACGAAAGGAAAGAAAAUUCAAAAGAAAACAGAUGAUGACGAUGAAGAAGAAGAAGAUGGAGAACAAGGGCAACUUUGUUGUUUACAAGCAUUGAAAUUCUCAGCAGGGAAGAUGAAUUUGGGAAUGGGAAAACCAAAUCUUUUGAAAAUGACUAAAGCUUUGAAGGGAUUUGGAUGGUUGAACAGAAAUGGAAGUAGAAAGAAAUUGAUCCAUUCAUGAAUCGUUGCUACUUUAUUUUACAUUUCUUCUAUGUUCUUCAUCAUCCUAAUUCUCUAUUUUUUUUCUUCUCUUUGUUGGGUUGAUUUUUUUUUCUCUCUUGGAUUCAACUGUUCAAAUAGUAAAAGUAAAUACUUUGUUAUGGUUGCUAAUUGUAGAUCUAUGUAAUCUUAACACAUUUCAUCUCUUUUAAUAAUCUUUUUUUACCUUUA